CUAAGAUAGAUUUCACAUAAACAAUGGCGGAUUAACACAAAACAAUAUCUUUUUACAUGGGUUGUUGCAUAUAAAACAGAUCGAUAUCUAUUUGGAUGCCACAAUGUGGAGUUUAUUCCUAAUUACCACAUGCAAUGAACAUCAAGCGACUAGAGCAUUUUGAGUUCUAACAUAACCGUCGGAUUUCACUGCGACAUUGAGCGGAUGCGAAGCAAAAAUGAGGGGAUCUAGACCAACCCCGAGUCAGUCACUCUACCAGGGACACAUGUUGACCGGAAUUAAAAGAUCCAGCACCAAGUCUAUAAAAUUGCCUGAUAUAGACUUGUCUGCCAUGGGAACGAAAGGCCGGGAAUGUUUGACCUUUAACGUUGGAGGUGUGCGAUUUCAGACGUUAAGACAAACGAUGAAUGCAGCCGGGUCCCGCACACGCUUGUGUAACGCAGAGUUUCUGCAAGCAUUCUAUGAUGAAGAACGAGGGGAGUACUUCUUUGACCGGGACCCAAACAUGUUUCUGGCCACCCUAAACUACCUGCGGACGGGCGAGUUGCACCUACCGUCGUUCGUCUGCGGCCCAGCGGCCAAAAUAGAGCUGGAGUUUUGGGGAGUGCAGCAGUACAAGAUAGAACAGUGCUGCUGGAUAAACUACAACGAAUGGAACUCCGCGCAGGACGCCCUUAAGCGACUCGAGCACGACCGGAAGGUUAACCUGCUACCUUGUGACACCCGAGCCUCUAGUGGUCUCACAUUCUGGCAGCGAUGGCGACCCAGGGUCUGGAGGUUCAUGAACAGAACUAACUCCUCAACGGGUGCCAAGGUCUUUGGUUACAUGUCUUUGCUCUUCGUGGUGUUGUCAAUAUUCUCAUUUAUGGCGGAAACCACGCACCCAUUUGAAUACUACACGCAGCAUCAAGUGCAAAUAACCGCCAACCAAUCAAACAACAGCGAUGAAAUCAACGUGAUUACGUCAUCCAACACAUCAUCGACUAGUCAAGGUGACGAAACGGAUACACAGCUUACCAGAACCAAACACCCAGCUUUGAAAAUCAUCGACAUAAUUUGUCUUUCUUAUUUUAUUAUCGAGUACGUUGCUAGGCUGACGUUUUCACCUAAGAAACUUAAGCACGCCACCUCCUUGCUAGCGGUGAUUGACUUACUCGCAAUAUUGCCUGACCUAAUAGAAACAAUAAUAUACAACGCAAAGCCUGAACUCAAAGAGAGUGUGGAAGCAGUAGGCUACAUCACAAUAAUUCGUGUUGUUCGAGUUCUCCGUAUUUUCAGACUGGUUCGCCACUCGGCAGGACUCUGGAUUCUCAUUUACACCCUUAAGGCCAGUUUUAGCGAGUUCAUGUUACUAUUCUGGUUUAUGACUUUGGGAAUCCUCGUCUUCUCGAGCCUUGUCUAUUUCGUGGAUGAUCAGACGACAUUCGUCAGCAUUCCCGCGGGCUUCUGGUGGGCGCUCAUCACCAUGACAACAGUCGGCUAUGGUGACAUGUACCCGGUGACGGUCCUGGGUAAGAUUGUGGGCUCGUUUUGCGCGAUGGCUGGGGUAUUGAUGAUCGGUUUUACCGUGCCCAGUCUCGUGAACAAUUUCAUGCUCUACUACAGACACAUCCAGUUCGCAAUGCACAUGGAUAAGUUUGAAAAGGAAUACAAGGCUGCACAGGAAGAUAAAAGGAAGUUCGCCGAAACCAAUGGACAAUGUAAUAGUGAAAAUAUUGACAGUGUGAAUUACAUGGGGAACGUUUUCUUGAAAGAGAAUGCACAGGCAACGGAUCAUGACAAAAUUAAAGGGAAUGAUAUAAACCAUGUGAAAACCACGACGAAAUCCAAGGAAGAGGAGGCGUUACUUCAGACAGGAGUAAAUACUGAACUUAAUGUGUUAACAGAGUAAGUGCACCCGAUAUAGCGGUAUUGCAACAUGCUAUUGAGUGGUUAUUUGUUUGACACGGAAAGAGUCCGUCAAAUGGGAGGGAUAUUAUGAAUAAAUGCACGAACUGAGAACAAAAGAGCGGUCGGUACUCUAAAGAAGAUGACUAACUUAUUUCUUUACUGGCACGCUGAGUGUCAAUAUUAACGGCCGGUUAGGUUGUAAGUCUGUUUGAUUUCGACAUCAUGAAUAUUUAAAUUAUUAGAAGUUUGCUUAUACAACCUUUGCGAAGUAUGUGAUUGCACACAUAAUGUUAUUCUUACAAUAAACAAAUUGUUUUGAGUAUUACCAUUCAAUUUGAACAAAUAACUGGAUCAAAAGUUACUAUUCGUUAACUUUAUUUUGUGUUCGAUGUUUCAUCAAACUAAACCCUGUGCUAUUUAACAGUAAAUGUGUGAUAUUGACAAUAGAUGUAAUACAUAACAAAUAGAAAUGUUCCUAACGAAUUUUGUAUCGACAUUUAGUUUAUAGAGCGCGAUAUUGAAACCAAAAGCUCAAUACUCCGGAUAUAGACCAUACAACACUGGAACAUUUGUUAAAUUCUGUAUUUUUUUAAAAUAAGUAUAUGUACUGGAUAGUAUCUUUUUACGAUAGUUUCGUUUUGUAAAUGUCUUCGUUUCGAUACAUUGACACAAUUAAACAAAUGAUUCAGAUUUUCA